CUUAAUCCUUCCUCACUCAGAAUCUGCCAACAUGAGAUUCAAUUUCUACUUUCUUUCCCUGGCGGCUUGCUCGUCAGCAUCCAUCUUUCAAAAGAGGGGUUGCAAUGCCGAUAAUUGUGCCAGAGCUGUCACUGGAACCCGCUAUGCUCCGGAUGUCCAAGCAUCCCACAUGGCCGAUUGUACCAGCUUCUUCAUCAAAACCAUCACCCCAGCCACUCCGACAUCAACAGUGUACAUUACACCAACAUCAUACUCAGUCGUCGGAUCAAAUGCAAAGCGAACAGCAGGAGCCCUUGCGAAGAAAGAGGACGUUCAAGCUCGUGGUGUCGCCCUGGACGACCUCCUUCUACCGGCUGCUCCUGCCACAACCACCGCUGCUGGUGUCAAGGCCCGACAAGUAACUCAACUGCCCAACCAAGUUCCCAUCUACGCCUCUGCUUGCGCUGGCACCGCAAGAUACUCCUCCGCUUGCUCGUGUGCAGGUGUGACGAUGUCCACCACAUAUGCACCUACUCCAGCGACCACCACCACGACCCUCUAUGCACCACCCUCCAUUAUUCCAGUCUGCGAUCCAGCCGACAACUACGGCUACCGUUACCUCGGGGGAAGCAUCGAAGCAGGCGUCGGUCUCGUACGCACUACAUCCUCGUUGAACCGACCACUUCACCAUUGCGUCACACACCCAAGCAACCAUACUUUAGAGCCUCCAACUGAAAUGUCACAGAUGGAUAAACAGGCAAAGUAUAAAGGCGAGGCUUGCGAGGAACUACUGGAAUCGCCGGACAGAAUGGCGAGGAAGUUAGCAAUGGAGGUAAGUGACACAGAGUUGUUACGCAGUCAGGAUCACUAG